AGGGAAAGUCGGAUGAAAAACACUAAAACAGACAGACGCUCUCUUCUUCUAUCCUCCGACUUCCAUCACCUCUUUCUCUCUCCUACUCUCAUUUCUUCCCUCUCAAUUUGCGUAAAAAGAAGACCGGAGAAAGAUCUGAAGGAAGGAUUCAAAAUCAAGAUCGUAGGAGAGAAAGAGAGAAUCCUCGGUUUGCCGGCCAGUCGAUUCUCGCAGUUAUCAUCUGUACGCAUUUCCCAUUCGACGGCAGUUUCUCUCACUCGGCUAUUGAACGGACGGCUGUGAAAGAAAAAUGGAGGCGGCGCUAGGAUUGAUGAGAAGGAUACCUCCGAAGCAUUCCGUCACCGCGCUCUCCGCUCUCGUCAGCCUCCUGCCUAACCACUCCUCCGAUCUCCUCUCCCAAGUCGAUCAGCCUCUGCAGGUUCUAUGCGAUUCCGAGAGUGGGAAGGAGUUCAUAUUGUGCGAGUACAACAGAGAUGCUGAUUCCUACAGGUCACCAUGGUCAAACAAAUACCACCCCCCAUUGGGAGAUGCACUCCUUCCUUCUGAUGAGCUGAGGAAACUGGAGGUUGAAGCAAAUGAAGUCUUCGCCAUUUAUCGUGACCAGUAUUACGAAGGCGGUAUCUCAUCUGUUUACUUGUGGGAGGAUAACAACGAAGGUUUUGUGGCUUGCUUUCUGAUAAAAAAAGAUGGCGCUAGGACAGCACAUGGAAGAAGGGGAUACCUGCAGGAAGGGUUAUGGGAAGCCAUUCAUGUCAUUGAGGUUGGACCAGAAGACGAAACUACCCGUUAUUGUUUAACUAGCACCGUGAUGCUGUCACUGACAACUGAUAAGGAGUCUUCCGGCACAUUUAAUUUGUCUGGAUCCAUUAGGCGGCAGAUGACGAUGGAUCUCCCAUUGGCUGAUGGCCACCUUUGUAACAUGGGGAAGAUGAUUGAGGAGAUGGAGGGCAAGCUCAGAAACUCUCUGGAUCAGGUAUAUUUUGGGAAGACGAAAGAAAUGGUUUGCACUCUGCGACCUCCAUCAGAAGUUGUGAUGAGACUGCCAAACAGUUGAUUCAACAAGAGCGAGCCACACUGAAAAAGGCAUUGCCGAUUCACUGUUCCAAGUUGCAACUCUUUGUACAUCUUAGUCUGUGGGAACAUUGGAUGGUGGCAAUUGCAUUCGAACCUCGAAUUGCCUAUGAGUGGAGUGUUCUCUUUUGGCUUCCAUAACUGUUUG